AUGAGUUGCAGCAGCAGCGGUGGCAAGAGAGACGUGGCGUACGCGGCCGCCCUGUUGUUUCUUGCUGCGUCCGCAACAAGCUCGUCGCACCGCAGGAAUGUCUCCGUAUCGGCGGCAGCAGUAGGAUCAGCAGCAGGAGCAGCAGCCACCAGGGACAGCAGCAAGGGGAGGACUCAGUUCGUGAGCGUCUCCGCGCCAUGGCCAACAUCCUGCCUGUCGCCUCUAGCGGAGGCCUCCGAGUUCGUGGCGGAGGGCGGCGACGGCCUGUUCUGGGACUACGUUGAGGCUCUCGGAGACGCUCCGCAUUCGUUGUUCUCCCACCACCAGCCAAGCUGCUGCUACCCUUAUCACCACGAUAGGGUAGCAGGAGGUGCCGCUGAGGCUGCAACUAGUGCCGAGAAAGAGGGCGGCGAGGGCAAUGAUAAAGGGGCAACAGUCGCAGAGGCAGGGCAGCUGCAACAGCGGGAGCGGAGCGCGGCUGCCAUUGCGGACCGAGAGGGGGGAGCGUUGGUCACGGCUGCGGCGGUGACUGCUGCCGGGCAAGGCUUCCCCGCAGGCGCGGGCACCGGCGGCGCUGGUGGUGCUUCGGGCGUAGGCCUCGACGAGCUGUCGCUGAGAUUGCUGACUAUUGCCCUGUCCGCGAGGUGUGUCUGUAGAUAUGCAGCACGCAACCGGCGUUGCCUGCUGUACAGCUAUGCUGUGAAAUGCAGUUGCGCCGCUUGCACACAACGCACGAUGAGCAACGGGACAUCUCUCCUGCGGAUGCGGACGGGUCCUCUGUACAUGGCCCACGCCCCGGCGAUAGAAUCCCACCGGACGCUUGCUGAACCCACGCGCUCGGCUUGCUUGGAGGCACGAAAGGGCACAGUAUCGACGUCUUCUUCUCCGCGGGCGUGGGUGGUCCUCCUCCCGACAGGCGACGUCGUGUGCUCGCCGGAAGACCUACCAUACGCGCUGUCGUCGUUUUCCGCGCCUGGGACUUGCUCCGCAUCGACGGAGGCGGCGGGAGUGGACGAGGGGGGCGAAUCAUGUGUCCGUUCUUCCGCCACCGGUAACGAAGACAACCGAGCUGCUUCGGAGCCCAGGUCUUCCAGUAAUGCGUUGGCCUUCGAUCACGUGUACGCUGGGAGUGGCCGUCAUGGCUCCGAUGUUGACGACGACGUCGAUGAGGGCCGUGAUGGCGAGUCUUCUUCGCCUGCCCCAGAAGCGACCGCGGUACUGUACGGGGUGGUGGGCAGCCCGGACAUGAUGGCCUUCCACCGGGUGCUGAAGGCCAAAGCGGAGACGGGGGCGGUCACCUACGCUUUCCGGCACGCCUUGCCUUACGGGAGGGGGGACGGUGGCGGCGGCGGCGGCGGCGGCGGCGAUGAUGAUAUGGCGACGACAAAGACGACGCCCCUCCAGGGGUACGGCGUGGUGCUGGACGUGAAGAACAUGGAGUACCAGAGCUUCGAUUCAUCGGACUCGGAAGGAGAGGACGGUCAAGAGGGAGAAGACGGGGACGCCACCGGCGGCGGUAGCGACGCGCUGUCGAUCGUGGAGGGGGAGGAGGUCGGCGGCGUGGUGUUCUCCACGGUGGCCUCCAGGAGGCCGGAGCUCAAGCGUGAGCUUGGCAUGCUCCGACAGGCGCUGCUGCUCGAAGAACAAUCUGGCGGCGGCGGCGUUGGUGACGGUGGGGCGGAGGAGCUGAAGGUCUGGAAUAUGGGAGACUUGGGGCUCCAGGCCCUGCAGUCGGUCGCCGCGGCGGAUUCCCCCGUCCUCAGGCUGGAGGAGCUGUCGCAGAAUUUCCCGUCCCACGCUUCUGCCCUGAGCGCGCUCAAGGUGCAGCCGGGCACAAGAGAGGAAGCGCAGGCGGCGGGGUAUCUCUUCCCCCAGGGGCUUGGGCUGAGGCCCGGCAGCCUUUACGUGAACGGCAAGAUGGUGGAUCUAGAGGGACCGACAUUCAACGUCUUUCAGAUUCUGAGCAUGCUGAGGGUAGAAGCGGCGACGGUCGGAGAGCUCGGACGAAUCGGUGCGCCGGAGGGAGCUCUGUCGGGAGACCGAGGCCGGUCAUUGUUGACGAAGUCGGGCCCUCUGGCCAACCCCGAUAGCAACAGCAACAGCGGCGGCGGAGGGCGGGGGGGUAUGAUGGGGGCACCGCAGUCUCUCGGGCGAGGAUGGCGCGUGGAUAUCAUUGGGCCUCAGCCGUCGUCGUCCCCCUCCAUGGACCAGAAGAAGGCUCUUCCUUCUGCUUCUUCAGCCUCGGAAUCCCCGGCGGGGUCUGCGAUCGUUUGGCUCAACGAUAUUGAGGUCGAUCAGGCCUACAAGACGUGGUCCCCUAGCGUCCAGCAGCUCAUGUACGCGGGGUUCCAGCUGCCGAGAGUGCGCAAGAACCUGUGCAACCUCGUCGCCGUCAUUGACCCUACCACCACCACCGGCGCGGAAACUUUACAGGGGCUGCCGGUACGCGUGGGCCUCUUGCUGGUCUCGGAGAAGGAUCUGAACGACCUAGAAGGGAAAGAAGAAGGGGAGGAGGACGAGGAACGCGGCCAAGACGAUGCGGGCGGUAGCGAUGAUGAUGAUGAUGAUGAUGAUGAUGAUGAUGAUGGCGACGAUGACAACCUCCCACCGCAGGAGAUAGCGGAGCUGUUUUCUCGACUGUCCCAGCAUGCGGGUUCGCAAGCGGUGACGACGUUCGCGGGUCAGGUCGGAGCGGCGGCGAAAGCGGAGGCGAGAGGGGGUAGCUUUAGCCGGCGGGAUCUGGCGGAGAUGUUCCGGUCGCUUGCAGCAGGAACACCUCUGCUGUCGGAGUCUCCGGAGACCGCGAAACCGUGGACGAAGAAGGGGGCCCAAUGGGGAGAAGCUGGGGUAGGAAGGGGCUCCGCGGAACAACCCCGCCCUCCCUUGCUGCUGCCAGGGGCGCGCGCGAUGGUCCGCCUCUGUCUGUCGAAGGGUUUAUCGAUCCAGUCUUGGUCUGUGAACGGGCUCGUCAUGGGCAGCCUCGGCGAGAUGAGAGAGUCGAUCAUGCAGGUGGUGAUGCAAGAACAUAUGCUCCUCGGCCAGCUGGUGGGACAGGGUCUCGUCUCGGAUAAGACGAAGGACGUUUACAGCAGGGCGCUCAAGCACAGCGGGGACAAGGUCCACCCCCGCAUCCACCCCGCCUUCACGGAAACCCUCGCCGACGCGAAGGUGGUCGACCUCUCUUCCUCCGACGCGGUCGAGCUCUUUGUCGGGGACAUGAACAUGAACAACGAGGAGGGAGAGGAGUCUGCGGAGCCCCCGCUCUAUCGGGGGGG